AUGAAAAACGAGCCAGGGGAAGUUUCGGUCGUUCUGCUUUCACUGUUGGCACUUGUCCAACUGUUUUCACCUGGUAGAACAACAACCUCAAGGGAUAGUCUAGCUCAAGCAAUGGAAUACAACGUUGGAGACGUUGUACGAUGUACAUGGGGAACGAAACCGGUUGAAUACGAAGCGAAGAUUAUUCACGUCAAUUCUGCAUCGAGAGAGUACUUCGUUCAUUAUCAAGGAUGGAACAAGCGCUACGAUGAAUGGAUUUCUGAGAAAUCCAUAAUUGGAGCGUCAAGAAAAAAGCAGUCAACUCCGCUGCGCUAUGAUACGCCAAAAGUUCGCCAUUCAAGAAGAGAAAAGAAGCUGAAGAAGCCAAUUGACUGGUCACCAACUUCGAGUGCUUCAGCAGCGCUUGCUGCAGAAAAAUCUGCUGUGGAAAGAGAGCAGAAUAAGCAUCAUGUUCCCAUUACAAAACGAAGGCAUUCACCUGCUGUUUCAAAAGCUAUCAAGACGCUGCCGGCUUUACCAGUAGUAGCAACUGUUGAUGAUAUGGCCGAAGAAAGUGUCACCAGCGAUGAGGAGGAUGGGGGUGAUGAUGCAUUGCCACGAUCCUACAUCGAUGUUCUAGCCAAAGAAAAGAAGCGAGCAGAAAAGGAGAGUCAAAGGAAAGCCUCUCCCGAAACAACACAACAACACACAGAUCCGCUAAAAAUACAAGUAAGCUGA